AUGCAUUUAACCACAAGAAGCAGAAUCACCGAUGAGUUAAUUACGGACCCGAGAGACGGUGUCGUUAAGAAAGCGUAUGGACCGGUUUUGACGGGGUUCCUGGCACAGCUCAAUGGGCAAAAGACCCUCACCAACGCUGAUAACUAUGGCUGGUUCGCCACGGCGAUGUACCUCAAUAGUGUUGAUUGGUCUCGAGUUAUAGCGGGUAAGAGGGUCUCAGGACCUGUUACUCGACGGUCGGUUCUGCUAGAGGAUCAAGAUGGGUCACGGCGCACCUUCCUGCGGGGAAAGGCUGGAAAUGAAACGAUCGACGUGGAAGGUAUCGGCAUGGACGAUCUCGACAUGGACGGAGAUAAUGACUCUGCGUUCCCGUGGGACGAGUGA